UAUUGUCAAUAUAUAUAUUUAAAUUAAUAAUGUUAUAGAAUUAAGGUGUAGUAUAGUACUUUUAUAAACUCUUUGAGGUGUAGCGUUGUCUUAGAAUACAUUGUUAUAAUGAGAAUUUUGUUAAAUUUUGAAUGGAUUUAUUAUUAUCGUUACAAAUGAAACUGAAAUAAUUGUUGGCAAUGGCUGUUUGUGGACUCCGAACGUUGUUACUUAUUGUCUGCAUAUUGGAAUUGAUAGUGACACUACAAAGACAAAUAUUUGAUUUUCUGGGAUACAUGUGGUUACCAAUUAUUGCAAAUUUUGUAAACAUACUUUUGAUAAUAUUUGGCUCAUUUGGUGCUGUACAAUAUAUUACAAAAUAUCUUCUUGCAUAUGCGGUAUGGAGUUUUAUGUGGUUGACAUGGAAUAUAUUUUUAAUUUGCUACUACUUAAAUCUUGGUAUUCUCAACAGGGAAAGUGGAUUGCUGUCUUUAGGGACUGGGAGUGUUAGUUGGUGGGAAGGAAAUGGUUGGGGCUGUCAACCAGUAUGGGGUGAAGCCGAUGGCCCUGGGACAUGGAGACCAGCAAGAGUUGAAGGAUGCUUCUUUCAAUGGCAAUAUGUAGAAUUAACGCAGUCUGGAGUAGCUGCUUUUCUCACUGCAACUGCUUUACCACUUACUAUUUUACUAGCAUAUAAAUCUUUUAAGAAACAUAAGACUGCUACAGAUAAAGGAACAUUAACUCGCCGUCAAGUUUACACUAUAGAAUUAAGUCCCACCGAGACAAAUGUAAGUGAAAGCUCUCUUAAACCGAUGACACCUCGUCGAGUGAAACGUCGGUCGGGAUCCAGAGGAACCGGUUCGUCAGUACGCAGAUCGCGGCGGUCUUAUCGGAACGCCGGUUACCUGGCCUCCACCGCGUCGUUGCCGCACGACACGCGACCCACGCGACCAACCUCCGCACACUCGUCGUACUCUAAUUUCCACGGCGCACGACCCUCCUCGUACCACGUACCCGACGCGGAAUCAAUUUCGAGAUCCCAAGAAGUAUACGAACCUCCGCCGCCGUUGGAGUCGAUUCCGAUAAUGAGCAGUAGAGCCGACACGAUACGACGCAGUAGGAAUAUGGGUAGAGAUGUCGUGGGCCCGUACAACGAGCCGGGCGGAACGUUCGCGCGCGGCUGCGGCGGGGCGGCGGGCGAGGCGCCGCGCGCCACGCCGCAGGCGCCCGGCCCGCCCGCCUACCAGCCGCUCGACGACGUCUACAACAUGCAGCUCAACGGUUAUCAAAACUGA